CAUCCAAAACUAGCUUGUACGUCAGACCUUAUGAUAACAGAAUUAAGCGUUAUUUUUUCAUCCUUUGUUUUGAACUGACCUUACUCUUGUGACACUGCAUUUAUUAUUCAGUUCUCAAUAAAACUUGUCAACUCAUUGUUUAAAGGUAUUGUUCGUAGAAUUUUCGACAAACCUUUUUGAUAAAAUGUUUGGUUUUCUGAUCCUGUCUCUCAUUCCUCUGGCCCUUGGGGUCCAAAUUUCUGAUGGACCUCCACCAGUUUGGCAGAAGGCCUUGAUGGCAAGGUACAUCAUUCGUACAACAGGUUAUGUUUCUAUUGCAACAAUAUCAGUCCAGGAUGAAAUUAAAGGAUAUCCUUUCGCCACUAUAAAAUCUAUAAGUGACGGUCCUGCAGAUAACAGCACAGGAAAUGUAUACUUGUACAUGUCUGACAUGGAACUUUCACAACAAGAUCUUGAGAAAGACAACCGUUGUACAAUAUUGGCAAGUUUGGCUGAAGUUGGAUAUUGCGAAUCCAAAAAUUAUGAUCCACAAGAUCCCCGAUGUGCUAAAGCCAUUAUGUCUGGUAGACUAGUCAAGGUGAACAACGAGACAAGUGAAUAUGAAUUCGCAAGGAACGCCCUUCUUGAGAAACAUCCAGCAAUGAAGAGUUGGCCUACUGAUCAUGGAUUCUUCGUCUCGAAAUUAGAUAUUGAGCUCAUUGAGGUACUGGAUUUCUUUGGAGGUAUAUCGAAAGUUUCAAAAGAAGACUACUUUAACGCAAAUCCUGAUUCCCAAGUUGAAGACAAUGUUUUAUAUGACAGAAUUGAUAUUAUUGAUGUUCAAAUGGUGUAAUUUUAGAAGUGUAGAAAAUAAUGAACUGAUAAUGUACAAAAUAUUAAAUAAAACAUGUUGGUGCUGUUAA